AUGUCGUUAUUCGCAUGUGCUCGUCCCAAGACGAACGAUAGUAAAUCAGCUCGAAACACUCAAUUAGAGAAACGAAUCCGUGAAUCGUCCAAGGAAAACAUCGAAUUAAAUAGUUUGAACAUAACUGACGAUGAUGUUUCUUAUAUAGUUAACAAGAUUAUUAAGAAAAAUAAACGUUGUCAAUCAUUAUCAUUAACAAACAAUGAAAUUACGUCGAACGGAAUUCAAAUUCUGAUUAAUUCAUUAGUAAAAAAUUCCAAAAUAACACAUUUGAAUUUAUCGUCCAAUCCACUUGGUGAUCAAGCGAUUGAAUUCAUCAAUCAAUUGAUCGCGAGUAAUCGCACUUUAUACCAUUUAUCAUUAGCCGAUACAAACAUAACCGAUAUCGGUUUUCGAGAGUUGAUUCAAGCUCUCUCGUCGAAUUCUUCAUCUUUACGAACGCUUGAUCUCCGUUCGAAUAAAUCAAUAACUGAUGCAUCCAUUCCAUUUCUUAUUCAAAUGGUUGAUCGAAAUCAAACAUUAUCUGCAUGUAGAUUAGAUAAUUGUCAAUUAACUGAACAAGGAUUGAAUCAACUUAAAGAAGAAAAAUCUGUAAAAUGGUAA